AUGCGGACGCGUUCGAGCAUCGGCUUCAACGCCAUCCCCGAGAACGUCGCGGCCGUCGUGUUCUCGCACCUCGGGGACGACCCGCGAGACCGCGUCGCGCUCGCUCAGGUGAGCAAGGUGUGGAGGGACGCGGAAAAGUCUGACGCGUCGUUGCCUGGGGGCUCUCUAAGUGCGUUGUCCGCGCUCAGUUAUGAGCUUUACAUCGAUGGGAAGUAUGAGCAUUCGAUCUACUGGUUGCGUAAAGCUGCCGAUCGUGGAGACGUCGACGCCAUGUUCGAGAUGGCAGAGCGCUACCUGUACUUCGACGGGUUCGGCGAGACGCUUGACCACAAGAAGGCUUCAGAGUGGUACGAAAGAGCGUCCGGGUGUGGGCACGCUCACGCGACCUACGAACUCGCGUGGUGCUACUUAUACAAGGAGGGCGACGGCGUGGAGAAAAAUGAAGCAAAGGCAGUCGAAUUGUACUUCAAGGCGGCGGAGCUGGGAUCAGGAAUUGCCGCGUGGGAUCUCGGGCUCUUCUACGAACAGGGCUUGUGCGGCGUUGCGGUGAACAAAAAGGAGGCGCUGAAGUGGUGGCGCGUCGCGGUGGAGCGCAGCGAUACCCGCGAUACCCACGAUACCCGCAAUAUCCACGCGCACGCGAAAGCGCAUGUGACCAAACUCGAGCGCGAGCUGUCGAUGACGCAUGCGGACUAA